AUGUCAUCAGUCUCAAUAGACAUUCCAACAUUAAAAAUCAAUUCAUAUGGACUUAAAAAUCUUGUCAAUUAUAUAUCUCGGCAUGAACAAACUCUCAAAGAAUUUGGAGCUAUUAAAAUUAAAUUAAACUCUGAUUGUUUAUUAGGCUUAAAAAAACAGAAAAUUUCUUCAAAGUCUACAAAUAUUCAAAGAAUUGUGAAAAUAAGUAAUGAUGAAGCAAUUUAUUCGAUCAAGAAAGUUGAAGGUAUAAAUGGUUACAUGAAAGAACAUAUACCAAUAUCAAAUGAAGAAACAUUCUGGUCUUCUUUUAUUCAUUCAAAUCAUAAACAUGAACAAUCAACUGCUUCAGUAUUACUAAAUAAAUCAUUGUUUUUAAAAAACUCUCCUGAAAAUUCCUUUUCAAUACAUCAUAUACCAAAACAAUCAUUACUUAAAUUAGUUGAUACUCAAAUAAUUCAACAAUUUGUUCCUUGUUUAACACGAUCACAUGAACCAGGAACUAUAUUUCCAUUAUUAGAUACUCAACAACGUUUAUUUUCAUUAAUAUACCAUCAUGAUGGUGGUUCUCGCUAUUGGUACUUUAUUCCUUCAUUUGAAAGAGAAACAUUACUAAAACUACUUUAUCAAAAAAGUUCUUCAACAUGUUUUCAACAUGAUCAAUUAUUUAUUAAUCCAUCCAUAUUAGAUAAAUAUCAUAUCCGAUAUCAUCGAAUUAUUCAGCAUUCAAAUGAAUUUAUUGUUUUAUCAGCUGGAACAAUAUCAC